AUGAAUAAUUCAAAGUAUCAGAAUUUAGAUGAUCAAGAUGAUCAUCUAAUAAACAAUAUCGAAGAUAGUGAUAGAGAAGAUAAUAUCAUUGAAGAAGAAGAAGAAGUAGAAGAGGAAGAAUUAGAAAAUAUUGAAUUUAGUGAUAAUAAUAAUAAUAAUAAUAAUAAUAAUAAUAAUAAUAAUAAUAAUAAUAAUAAUAAUAUAGACGACUAUGAUAAUAAACCAAUGAUAGAAGAGGAGGAAGAUAUGGAGGAGGAGGAGGAAGAAGAAGAACAAUAUGAAAGAGGUGCUAUUAUUUUGGAACCAAUUUAUAGAGAUCCAAUUAUCGAAAAGAAACCAAAAAAUUUAUUUUCAUCAGAAGAUAUGAUCAAACCAAGUGAUAAAAUCUUUACAAGAGUCAAGAAAACACUGGGGAAAACCAAUAAAAUUAUUAAACAUACUAUAUUGGAAUCAAAUCAUUUAAUUGAUGAAAAAAUUAAAGAAUCCAAUAAAAAGAUUGAAGAUACAAUUAUUGGUGGAUUGGAGCAAGUCGCAGGUGUCGGAAUAAAAGCAGUGGAUGCAGUAGAGAAUUUCAAUAAGGAGCGUAUCGAGAAGAUAGAGAGUCACGAGAGAUCCAUUUGGAUUCAGGAUAAAAAGCAUAUCUCUAAAUACGAAUGUCUCGAUUAUGUCACCAUCUACAAUGCAUCUUACCGUAAGGAGAUGUACAAAAAGUUUGAACAACUCGGUUCCGAUCACGAAUGGCAACGUUGGAUCAUCAGUUUUCUCAUGGGUGUUGCAAUUGGUUUCAUUGCAUUCGUGGCCAGUAUCUCUACAAAAUCGAUUUCUAAAUUUAAAUUUCAAGUUGUUAAUUAUUGUAAUAGUAUUAAUAUAAAAUUGAUCAAUUUAGUUUUGGGUGGUACAUUUACAUAUAUGGAGUUUUGGGUUGCAUUUUGUCUUUAUUUUUUUAUGAAUUCCGGAUUGGCUCUAGCUGGAAGUUGGUUAGCAGUUUACUUUGAACCCACAGCGGCUGGUUCUGGAAUUCCAGAGGUAAAAGGUUAUCUUAAUGGUACCAGAAUUCCACAUGUUUUGAAAUUUAAAACAUUGGUAACCAAAUUGGUAUCGAUGAUUUUUGCAGUUUCAUCCAAUCUUCAAGCUGGAGCUGAGGGACCAAUGAUUCAUAUUGGUGCGAUAGUUGGAAAUGGUUUCUCACAAGCACAAUCUAAAGAAUUUGGAAUUAGAAUACCAUUUUUAAGAUCAUUCAAGAACGAUAAGGAUAAACGUGAUUUUGUUACUACUGGAGCUGGAGCUGGUGUGGCUGCAGCGUUCUCUGCACCUCUUGGUGGAUGUUUGUUUUCGUUGGAGGAAGUAAGUUCCUUCUGGAAUAGUACAUUGACAUGGCGUGCAUUCUUUACCUGUUUGAUUGCAUCGUUUACCUACACUUUUGCAGCAAAGAAAAUUGGAAAUUCAACAGUAUCAACUAUCAUUUUCGAUAUGGCUCAAGAUGCAACCAAAGUUUCUCAGAGUGAAUAUGUCGGUCUUGUACAGAUCAUUGUUUUCCUCUUGAUCGGUGCAAUUGGAGGUGCUUCCGGUGCACUUUUCACUCUCAUCAAUAUCAAAGUCGUUGAACUUCGAAGAAAAUAUAUCAACAAGGUAAAAUCCUACCGUGUUUUGGAGGUUUUCAUCAUCAUUGGAGUUUCCACUUUACUUCAAUUCUUUGUGCCAAUGUUGUUCUCUUGUCAACCAAUGGAUGAUCUCAUUAUUAAGGCACCUCCAGGAACCACCUUGGGACAGAGCUACAACACCACUCUGGAAAAAGUAAAAGAACAUCUCGCACAAUUUACAUGUCCCGAUGACUAUUACAAUCCAAUGGCAUCUGUUAUUUUCGCUACUAACGACAAUGCCAUUGAUAACUUGCUGUCGACCAAUGGAUUGUAUGAAAUCAACUCUCAUCGUAUUGGCAUCCCCGUUUUAAUUGUCUAUUGCAUUUUCUAUUUCCUAUUCGCUGCAUACACUGCUGGCUGUGGAAUAUCGUCCGGUACUUUAAUCCCGAUGUUAAUCAUUGGUGCUGCCUAUGGUAGAAUCGUUGGAUUGAUCCUCCGUUCGAUAUUCAAUGAUAGUGAUACAAUCGAUCCGGGUGUCUAUGCUCUGAUGGGAGCUGCUGCGUUUAUGGCUGGAGUUUCAAGAUUGACGAUAUCGCUAUCUGUAAUUCUGAUAGAGACAACCAAUCAACUACCGUAUCUCCUUCCUCUCAUGCUAACAGUAAUGGUUGCCAAAUGGGUGUCGGACUUUUUCAUUCAUCCAAUGUUUGAUUUGCUCAUUCAAAUGAAAUACAUUCCAUAUCUCGAACCCCAACCGCACAGAACUAUGAAACUGUUGAUGUGUAAGCAUAUCAUGGCCAAGAAACCAGUUUUCCUCUGUGAGAAAGAUACCCUCGGCAAUGUUCUCAAUGCAUUGAGAAAUACAUCUCACAAUGGUUUCCCAGUUGUAUCGAAUGCUGUCGACAGAAGUGUGAAAGGCCUGGUUUUAAGAUCGCAACUCUUAAUGAUCCUAGAACGUCUCUCUGAUGUCUACAUUUACAACACCGAACAAAUCUAUUCCCACGACCAAUACAUUACUAAAUUGGCAUGGAAACUACCGAAUCUUGAUGACUUUAGAUUUGACCCAGAGGAUUACUCGACGCAAAUCGAUUUCACAGGUAUUAUGAACCUUACAUUUUUCACCGUGAACGAAGAUUUCGCAGUUAGUGAAGCAUUUACAAUUUUCAGAUCAAUUGGUCUUAGGCACAUGAUGGUGGUUAAUUCCGUAAACAAAUUAAAAGGUAUUAUCACAAAGAAAGAUUUAUUAGAGAAGAAUUGUGAACAGAAAUAUAGAGAUUUAAGAUCUGGUGUUGAAUUAUUAUACCCUGAAGAUAACCCAAACGAUGAAUAA